AUGACACCUUCGAAUCAUGCAUCUCCCUUCAGUCCCCCCGAACCGGUGACGAGUCCUACGCCGCUGAGGAGGCCCAAGACAAGAAUUUCUGCAGAUUCGCAAUCAAUGACCUCAUCUGUAGCUUCACUGCCGUACAGAGCGUCGAAUGCCUCAGUACAGUCACUGUUCGCGUCAACGACAACACCUUCCGGUUCAAGACCAGUCUCCCCGACCGGCGGAUCAUCGACACCUUCGCGAAUCGCAGGAUCUGUAUUUGGUGGUAGUACGCUUUCUGAAAGCCAUCUCUUACUAUCGGAUAGGAAAGACGAUCCUCGAAACUUAAUUUUAUCGGGAUUUGUUCCACAUAUUGCGGUACACACAUCUAUCGACACACAUGAGCUUGUGCAAGACAAAGGGUUCAAAGGAGGACUUUGGGAGUUAAUAAGGCCAUUUGGGGAGAAAAUACAAGGAAAAGUGAAUGUACGAGAUAGUAUAGGGGCUGGCCGGACGUAUGACGAUUUUGGAGUACGCUUUGUUCAACUGGGGGAUGGGCUCGAAAUACCGGAUGGGAUACCUGGGUCGCGAAGGAGUGGAGAGGGAAAAGUUCUGUCACCGAAUGGCAACAAACCUAUACCAGAUUCAAUAGCUGCUCAGCGCCUGAGAACUGGAGGAGAUAUUCCUCAAAUUGAGCGACUUGUUGAUCGUCAUUUAACGAAUGCUGAAGAAUUUCCUGGUGUCAGCGCAGAAGAUUUUUUGAACCUGAAGGAUAGUUCUAAGAUUUCAGGGGCAACAUCGCCGUUUUAUACUCUUUAUCUACGAAGGUUACUUUCAGGAAUACCUUUAGCCCCGCACGAAACUUUCUCUCAUCCAGUGGCAUGUAUUAUCGCCAUAAGUUCACGUAACAAGAAUCCGAUUGAAGCUUUAAGGAGGCUAUAUGAAGAAUCAAGUCGCGGAGAAAAGCGGUUGCCACUAUGGGUCAAUGAUGAUUAUCUUCGCUAUUAUGUUCUGGUACAUGAUGAAGAACGAGAUGAUAUUACAAAAUCUAUCACAUUAUUUGAACAAAUGAAACGCCAUUUUGGGCUUCAUUGUCAUCUCUUAAGGCUUCGAAGCAGUCAAUGCGUGGCAACAGAUGAUGAUAGUGUACAACUCCCACGGUGUGAAUGGAUAGCUGCAUCAGAGGAAAUGGCCGAAAUACAGGCGCGGGAGUCUCAGGAAGACCCCGAAGACUCAUUUCCUUGUAUAUAUGAAUCCGAUACUACUGCCAUCAAAACAUUUAUUCGCGAGAUGGUUACUCAAUCUGUUGUUCCGUCAAUGGAGAGGUGUGUAGCGACUUGGAACGACCAGGUUGCUUCACGGCGAAGAGGCAUAAGUGGUAGAUUCAUGAGCUUAUCGAAAACUAUAAAAUGGCCUGGAGCAUUUGGUUCCAGCUCACGAAGUAAUUCAUCAAAUUCGGUAGGAUCAGGUAGCAAUUAUGACGCAUUGCAGGGGUUUUACCGACCGGAUUCACCGGAAGCAUUGAUGCGAAAGCUCGCAGAUUACUCGUUUAUGCUUCGAGAUUGGAAAUUGGCCCAGCAAAUUUAUGAUCUGUUACGGUCUGAUUUCACUAAUGAUAAAGCAUGGAAACAUCAUGCGGCAGCCAAUGAAAUGGCUGCUGUUAGUACCCUCAUGAUGCCUCAUUCUAUCAGCGCCAAAACACGUACCGAAACCAUCGAUAUGAUGCUUGAAACAUCGUCAUACUCGUAUAUGACAAGAUGCAGUGCCCCUUACGGAGCCCUGCGCUGCUUGACCUUGGGAAUGGAGCUUCUUAGGGUCAGAGGCGGCUCGGCAACCGGCGAUGCAGCAAGAUGGGGUGCGAGACUUCUUGAACACAAGAUUGUGGGUGCAGUUGGCGACUCAUUAUUCAAGGAGCGUGUUGCGGUCUGUUAUGGUACGAAGAAGGGACACGGACUUGGUCUCUGGGGUAGUAGAACAAGAAAAUCAGCCAUGUGGAGUAUCAUGGCCGCCGAAGGAUGGCUCAGCCUAGAGAAGCCUCAUCAAUCGAAAAAGAGUCUAGAUGAUGCUCGGGCGAAGUAUGCUACAUUGGCAAAUAAAGAUAGUUUGUUGCAUUUUGCGGAAGCAAAUGAAUUUGUUCAGGGUCUUGAGACGCAGAUCGAAAAUACUUUAUAUCCGAUCACAGAAUCCCAAGCAACGAUCAUGCCAGACGAUGAUAUGAUAGAGACAACCAUGGGAGAAGAAAGCGAAGUCUUCAAUUCGCGUCCACAUCGAAGAAGUCUCCCGGGCGGAGUAGCACCGCCUCCCAUUGCAAGUCUCGAAUCAGCGCCCUUGCAUGGGACAAUCAUAGAAGCGGAAGAGAAAAAUAAAAUUGUUACGAGUAACGAUUUUGAACAAGAAUAA